UUAGCUGCAUCGGAACUCAAUCGAAUCCGUGCAAACAAAUAAACGUAAAAAAAAUGUCUUCUAGCUCAAGUAACCAGCAGUUCCGUUACACUCAAACGCCGUCGAAGGUGCUCCACCUCCGCAACCUUCCAUGGGAAUGCACUGAUGACGAGCUUAUUGAACUGUGUAGCCCAUUCGGUAAGAUCCUCAACACCAAAUGCAAUGUUGGCGCCAAUCGGAACCAGGCCUUUGUUGAAUUCGUGGAUCUUAACCAUGCAAUUUCAAUGGUUUCAUAUUAUGCUUCAUCUUCAGAGCCUGCUCAGAUUCGUGGCAAAACUGUUUACAUUCAAUAUUCUAAUAGACAUGAAAUUGUCAACAACAAAAUCCCUGGAGAUGUCCCGGGAAAUGUCUUGCUGGUAACCAUCGAAGGCGUGGAAGCUGGAGAUGUGAGCAUAGAUGUUAUCCACUUGGUGUUUUCUGCAUUUGGAUUUGUACACAAAAUUGCUACAUUUGAAAAAACUGCAGGUUUCCAGGCUCUGAUUCAGUUCACUGAUGCUGAGACUGCUUCUUCGGCUAGGAGUUCACUGGACGGAAGAAGCAUACCCAGAUACUUGCUGCCAGAGCAUGUUGGUUCUUGUUACUUGCGUAUUUCAUACUCAGCACAUAGAGAUCUAAAUAUCAAAUACCAAUCUAAUCGCAGCAGGGACUACACAAAUCCCAUGCUUCCUGUUAGUCAUACUGCUAUUGAUGGGGCAUUUCAGCCUGCAAUAGGUCCUGAUGGGAUAAAGAAAGAACCUGAGAAUAAUGUGCUCUUGGCUUCAAUUGAAAAUAUGCAAUAUGCUGUCACUGUAGAUGUUCUUUAUACGGUGUUCUCUGCUUUUGGUACAGUGCAGAAAAUUGCUAUAUUUGAAAAGAACGGUCAAACUCAGGCACUAAUUCAAUACCCUGAUGUCACAACAGCAGCAGUUGCGAAAGAAGCUUUAGAGGGCCAUUGCAUAUAUGAUGGUGGCUAUUGUAAGCUUCAUCUAACAUACUCUCGUCAUACCGAUCUCAGUGUAAAGGCUUUCAGCGACAGAAGUAGAGACUAUACAGUGCCGCAUCAUAGUGUGCUUGCAGCACAAGUUCCUGCAACAGCUUGGCUGAAUCCUCAGGGUGCUCCUAUGUAUCCAAGUGCCUCUGCAUUACAAGCUCAAGUACCCGGAGGACAAGUGCCAUCAUGGGAUCCAACCCAGCACGCAGUUAGACCAAGUUAUAAUUCUGCACCUAAUACUUUUCCUGCUCAAACUCAUGCAGUUCCUCCAAUUCCUUCAUAUGCUCCAGCAGCAAUACCCGCCGCUGCCACAGCCUCACCUCUUGCUCAAAACAAUUCUAUAGUUCAUAAUGCAAGUUCCAUGGGUAUCACUCAGCCUGGUGUUCCAAUGAAUGUAAAUUUACAACUCAGUGGGGCUUCACCUCCUGUUCCUGGUUCCUCUCCUCUUAUGCAAGCCAGCCCAAUUGCUGGUGCUUCACCUCCUGGUCUUCAACCUUACUAUGGUUAGUAAGUUAUCUUUGAGCUGAAUAAAAAUCCCUUGUACUCUGAUAGAUUUGUAUUCCCCCAUUUGAAGUUUUGUAGUGGGAUCUUAAAGAAUUGUGUCACUUUCAAUUUCAAUUUCAAUUUCAAUUUUAAUGGCUUUCCUUCUAUUACCUACUCUUUCCGAGUAUUAUCCUUACUAUGGUUAGUAAGUGAUCUUUGAGCUGAAUAAAAAUCCCUUGUACUCUGAUAGAUUUGUAUUCCCCCAUUUUAAGUUUUGUAGUGGGAUCUUAAAGAAUUGUGUCAAUUUCAAUUUCAAAU